GCUGAAGCCAUUCAACAGACUGCAAGUAAUAUUACAACAUUUGAAAAUGUCUAAGCAUACAGAUUCAACAGCUGAAGUGUUGUUGGAAAAGAAAGGAGGUGCAGGAAUAAUAACUUUGAAUAGACCCAAGGCUCUCAAUGCACUAAAUCUUUCUAUGAUCCAACAAAUUUAUCCACAAAUCAAGACUUGGGAGCAAGAUCCUGAAACUUUUCUAAUAAUUAUAAAGGGAACUGGAGGAAAAGCUUUUUGUGCUGGGGGUGACAUCAGAGCCAUCACAGAUGCAGGAAAAGUUGGAGAUAGACUGGCACAAGAUUUCUUCAGAGGAGAAUAUAUGCUGAACAAUGCCAUUGGCACGUGCAAGAAGCCAUAUGUGGCACUCAUCGAUGGCAUUACAAUGGGAGGGGGAGUUGGCCUCUCCGUCCAUGGACGUUUCCGAGUUGCUACAGAAAAGACACUUUUUGCAAUGCCAGAAACAGCAAUAGGCCUUUUUCCGGACGUAGGAGGAGGAUAUUUCUUGCCAAGGCUAUCAGGAAAGAUUGGCUAUUACCUAGCACUAACAGGAUUUAGGCUGAAAGGAAGAGAUGUGCUAAAAGCUGGCAUCGCUACACAUUUUGUAGACUCUGAAAAGCUACCUGCCUUAGAGAAAGACCUGAUAGCGCUGAAAUCUCCUUCAACAGAAAAUAUUGCAGAUUUACUGAACUCUUACCAUGUGAAGAGCAAAGUUGAUCAAGAAAAGUUUGUACUUGAUGAACAUAUGGAGAAGAUUAACAGUCUUUUUUCAGCAAAUAGUAUGGAAGAAAUUGUUAAAAAAUUAAAGCAAGAUGGUUCUCCUUUUGCUGUUAAGCAGCUAGAGACUAUUAAUAAGAUGUCACCUACGUCCUUAAAGAUAACUCUCAGACAGCUCAGAGAAGGAGCUUCCAUGAGCUUACAAGAUGUGCUCACAAUGGAAUACAGACUGAGCCAAGCAUGCAUGAGAGGCCAUGACUUCUAUGAAGGGGUUCGAGCAGUGCUGAUUGACAAAGACCAAUCCCCCAAAUGGAAGCCAGCUGCUCUAGAAGAAGUCAGUGAUGAAUUUGUGGACGAUUGUUUUAAGCCAUUGGGAAACAACGAUCUCAAGUUGUAA